UUUGAAUAUUUGCCACCCUAGGAUGCUGUCCAACUUGUACCACUGGUUCUGGAAGGAUGAAAACUGGCUUCCUGCUGGAUACACAUGGACUGGCAUAGAGGAUGCCAAUGGGGUCACAUACUCUCAUCCCAAAGACCUCCUGGCAACCAUUCCCUUGGCAUUCAUCUUAGUGAUCGUCCGAUAUAGCUUUGAGAGGACCAUUGGUGUAUUUCUGAGCAGGGUCAUGGGUGUUCGUGACCACCUUAGAUUAAAGCCUGACCCCAACCCCAUAUUGGAGUCCUUUUUCCAGACUCAGAGUCAGAAUCCCAAAGAGGCUCAGCUGAGUCACCUGGCCAGUCAGUGUGGCCUCUCAGUAAGGCAGACCCAGCACUGGUUCCGACGUCGAAGGAAUCAAGCACAACCCAAUCUGACAAAGAAGUUCUGUGAAUCUAGGUAA